GAAAUAAAAAAUUAAAUAAGUAGCAGAAACCUUAACAAAUUCAUCAACUCUUUCUCCCUUUGAGACGCUUCCGGCAUAUGACCAAACAAAUUCAUCGCCAUUUUUGCUCUAUUACUUAGAGUUGUUUAUACGAAACCUUAGCCUUCGGUCGACGACGCCUCCGCCUCUGGCCAACGACGCCUCCGCCUCCGGUUGACGACGCCUCCACCUCCGGUCUCCAAUCGACGAGACUGAUGAAGUCUCCUACUCCGGCCUACAGCCGCUUCUGCCUCCUUCUUUCACGUUGUUUACAGCUGUGAGAGCUGCAGUAUCAGCAUUUCGUAGGGAAGAAGAAUCACAAGUUCACCAUUCAUCUAAAAGAAGAAGAGAGAGAUCAGAUCAGGACAGGGUUAUUUAUGGUGAUUCAAUGUUCAUGGAGACACCACGAGGCAAAGGUCUUCAAUUCCCAUUUUCUGUUGCUGAUCGUGUUAUUAUAAAGUCCAAUAUCGCUCAUUAGCUAAGGUUUCUGAUACUUCAUCAUCACAGCAAACUUCAAGUCUGAGGUUAUACAUUGGAAAUUUACCAUCACAUAUGGAUGAGGUACUAGUGCAAACAACCAAGAGCAGGAGGAUCCGUAUGGUAGAAAGAAAAACCAGAAAAAGAAGUGUUGAUAAACCCAAAACGAAACAUCUUGAAGCAAGGCAUACAAUGGACCAUAAAUAAAAGAAAAAGAGAAGUGUGACAUUGAUCAGAGAUCAUUCCAAAGAAUAUCUAUCAAAUUUAACAGUUGAGUUUGAUCAAUUCGGUAGAGCUAUUGGACCUAACCGCUUUAAGUUCACCAGUUAUCGUGGAGUGACUACGAGGAAGAUGAUUUCUAUCCUUAUAGAUAGUUGGGAUUUAGUGGAUCAAUGUGACAAGGAUCAAUUGUGGUUGAACAUAAAGUAGCUUUGCAGAAAUUGAAAAGUUGGAAUGGUGAUCCAUGUGUUCUAGAGCAUCCAUGGACUGGAAUUGACUGUUUAAUAAGGCUGGAGUGGAAUUGUCUGUUUAAUAAGGCUCUGGAAUGCAAAGGGGAUGUGAGACAUCAAUAGUGAACGUUGGAGCACUAUGUCUUCCUCCACCUCCUGUUUCAUAUAACAACAACAACAACAACCUAAUUUUCGCCGAUCAAGAUCACCAUCAUCAUCAUCAUCAUCAUCAUCAUAGUACCUGUGGGACUUCGACUUCUGCUAUGAUGCUUGAAAACAGCGCCAUUAAUAUCAACGAUGGAGGAGAGUUAGCCUUCAUGAGCUCCUCCUCGUGUUCUUCUUCUGCUAAAGCAAAGAUCAUGUCUCAUCCUCAUUACCCUCGUCUCUUAUCAGCUUAUCUUAACUGUCAAAAGAUAGGAGCACCGCCUGAAGUAGUGGAAAGACUAGAAGAUGCUUGCAGAGCGUCGGUGGUGGCUGCGAUGUCCAGUCGUUCCGGCUCCGCAGGUUGUGAGGCUGGUACCAGUGAUGGCGGUGGUGGUGGAGGAAUGAAUAUGAUGAUCAUCGGACAAGAUCCAGCACUUGAUCAGUUCAUGGAAGCUUACUGUGAGAUGCUCAUUAAAUACGAGCAAGAACUCGCCAAACCCUUCAAAGAAGCCAUGCUUUUUCUCUCAAGAGUUGAAUCCCAGUUCAAGGCAAUCUCCAUUUCUACUUCAGAUUCUGCGGGUGGCGAAGUAGGUAUGGAUAAAAAUGGAUCAUCCGAGGAAGAGGUGGAUGUAAAUAACAAUCUCAUAGAUCCUCAAGCUGAAGAUCAGGAACUGAAGGGUCAGCUGUUACGCAAGUAUAGUGGUUAUUUAGGUAGUCUCAAGCAAGAGUUCAUGAAGAAGAGAAAGAAAGGAAAGUUGCCCAAAGAAGCACGUCAACAAUUACUCGACUGGUGGACUAGGCAUUACAAAUGGCCAUACCCUUCGGAGGCUCAGAAGUUGGCACUGGCUGAGUCAACAGGACUAGACCAGAAGCAGAUAAACAACUGGUUCAUAAACCAAAGGAAGCGACAUUGGAAGCCAUCUGAGGAUAUGCAGUUUGUGGUAAUGGAUGCUGCUCAUCCUCAUCACUAUUUCAUGGAGAACAUCCUCGGGAACCCUUAUCCCAUGGACGUUUCGUUGCUAUAGGGGCUAUAUAUAUACAUGCCCAACGUGGCAUGAAAUCUCAACAAAUGACCGUAUCUAUGUAUGAUUGACAUUGAACUCGAUGAGGGUUUUGCAAGUUUGUGUGAACCGUAAGGGAUGAAAAGAAGCUCGUUAGCGUUCUCAUGUAUGCUGACCUAUUGGUCUUAAAAGUUGGAUGAUUAUAAGACAUUGUUAUUUAAGACAUGCACUUAAUGCAAGUAAGAUAUUCGUGUUUA